CGGCGGAGAUUUGCAUACGUGAGACCUUGAAAUCGACAAUGAUUCAUAAUUCCAUUGCCGGGAAGCCGAUCGAGGCCAGGAAUCAGCCGUCAAUCAUCGGCUCGUCGAUAGAUGGGGAUGCUAUGGCCACAAGCAGUCUGGCCAAGGAAUGUGGAUCAGUGGCGAAGUAUCAACGAUUUCGCGUGGAAAGGUGUUCGAGAAAGGCCAAAGUGCACCCUAUGACGCAAGGGCAGAGCCAUCAUCAUUCCUGGAAUUAAGCUUGUCAGUCAA